ACUGUUCUCAUCGAUUAAUAUAUCAGCAGAUAAAUGGCUUCUCACAUUAGAUGAGCAUUCAAUAGCUAAAUUGGGGAAUCCUCCUUCAUUAGCUGAUGGAUUAGAUCGGAAAACCGAACUGGAUUUGCGAUAUCUUGGUUGUGAAAUUAUUCAGUCAGGUGCAAUACUGCUUCGUAUACCUCAGGUUGCAGCAGCAACAGCACAAAUUCUUUACCAACGAUUUUAUUAUCAAAGAUCAUUUGUUCGACAUCAUUUCGAAUAUACGGUAAUGGCAUGCCUUUUAUUAGCGAGCAAGAUUGAGGAGGCUCCACGUCGUCCACGUGAUGUCAUCAAUGUGUUCCAUCGUUUGGAACAUUUACAUGGCAAACGAAAUGAAUCCAAAAAGUUAUUUAAAGUUCCCUCAGCAUUAUUUCUGAAAUGUGUCGGCUUUUCGAUUAGUCGGCAACAAGUUCGUAUUUUUGCUGUUCUGUAG